UUUAUCUUGUUUUGGUUUUAGGUUUUUGUAAACAUUACUCAAAACUUGCAAUAAAGGCUAAUUUACGAGCCUACUACAAAAUAGAAGAACCUCUCAAGACUCUUAAACACUUGUAUCAUUUUACGGGCCUCCAAUUUGCACAAUAAUGUUCAGAAAGUCCAAGCCCAAAAUUGAACCCCCACCACCCACGCCCAGUGUGGAGGAGAUGUUUGAGGAUCUGAAAACCUUUGAAAUCAAUCAAACGUCUAUUUCCAACGCCACCGACGGUUUCGAUUUGGAGCAGGCCCUUCUGACGGAAUCCGCCGAUUCUCUUACACUUCCAACGUGGUGGAAGGUUUUCGACGAGUAUGAACGAAAAGUGAAGAAACUGGCGGCCUCCGAGGAGGAUCUGGAGCACCACAGGAUUCAACUGCAAGAGUGCCGUGACAAACUGGGGAAAAAUGCCAACGCAUUGAGGGAGGGCAUCAAAAAGCAACAGGCGAUGGCCAAAGAAGCUUUAAAUGUUAACUAGGAUACUAAGAAAUAUAAUUUAUGCAAUGCAAACUGCCGAGUA